AUGAUUUUCACUUUUUACCGAUGGCUACAGUCUAUGCUGAGACCCCAGACUGCCCGAUUUCUCGUUGAGUGUCGCCAGUGCUGUGUUCUCAGCGCAUUGUCCCACUUACCUGCCCCUCCAAGACGCUGCUUGCUGAGAACGAACACAACGCCCAUUCCUGUGCGACACUAUCAACCUGCGGCAUACCAGCCCAUGAGUCGUCGCAAAGUCGAGACGAGUCCUUCUGCACAAAUACACAAGCGAAGACGCAUUUCCUACAACACCAACGACACCAUGACUCAGGACGCGCAGGCCCUGCCCACCGUACAGCUUACUCCGAUCGAGAACACCCUCAAAGAGCUCCUUCUCGAUGUUGCGCAAUAUAUUCGGGAGCAAGAAAUCGCAAAAGGUGGUAUUGAGGACCCCCCGCAGACCGAGCUGCGGUUCACGGGGGGUUGGGUGCGAGACAAGCUGCUAGGCGUGGACAGCCAUGAUAUCGAUGUGGGAAUCAGUACGAUGACAGGAUACCAUUUUGGUAUGGCUCUUAAGGAAUAUUUGGAUAUCCCGGAGAACCUGGACAAGUACAAGAGGAACCACCCGAAUGGCGAGCUGAGCGAGGCUAUUGUCAGUCUACACAAGAUCGAAGCGAACCCCGAAAAGUCGAAACACUUGGAGACGGUGACCACGAAGAUCUUUGGUCUCGAAAUCGACUUGGUCAAUCUGCGAAAGGAGACAUACUCGGAGGACAGCAGGAACCCGCAGAUGGAGUUUGGUACGGCACAGGAAGACGCCAUGCGCCGUGAUGCGACAAUCAACGCGCUUUUCUACAACCUGAAUGAGUCCAAGGUGGAGGACCUCACGGGAUCCGGCUGGACUGACAUGCAGAACAAGACCAUUCGCACUCCAUUAGAACCAUUUCAGACCUUCAAGGAUGACCCGUUGCGUGUGUUACGUUUGAUCCGGUUUGCCAGCCGGUUGGGAUACCGAAUCCAUGAGGAAACAGAACAGGCGAUGCAGAAUAGCGAGAUCAGUGAAGCUCUGAAGCUAAAGAUUAGCAAGGAGCGAGUUGGGACGGAGCUGGAAAAGAUGCUCAAAGGACCUGAUCCCCGAGGCGCACUGCAUCUCAUUGAUCGUAUCGGACUCUAUUCUACAAUAUUUGCGAACCACCAAGAUGAUGUCCAUGCAGAAACAUCGUCCUGGGCUCUUGCAUACGAUGCCUUUCAAAAAUUGUUACACCCGGGCACUGAGGGCAGUGACACCGUCGAGCGUGUACGGAACAUUCUCAUUCGUGGUGAGUCAGAAACCUACUAUGCAUGGGUCAUCACUGCAUUCGCACCUUGGAGCAGUGUCCCGACACGUGUAGCCUCGGGCAAAAAAGCCAAACCGGUUCCACCACGCGCAUCCGAAGUCGCCAGAGACAGUCUUCGUUCGGACAACAAAACAAUCAACUUUUUGCGGGAUUCGUCGAAUAAUUGGAAGAGCAUCAUCGGCGUCAAAUCAUCACUUCUUGAGGAGCGGCUGGGCGGCACGGCUGCGGAAAUUCGACAGCAAGUUGGUCUACACAUCCGGUCAUGGGGGAAGGAAUGGAGGCUUCAGUUUGUCUUGAGUAUUCUUAAAGAAGUCAUGCAGGGACGUGAUUUCUCUAAAGGUAAGAUAUCACACCCUUCCUCAUUCUACAGCUUGGAAGGCGACUCGUUCACUCUGACCCGGUCAUCAGUUACUCAAGAAUACGACGCUUUCCUGGAAUACAUGGUGAAGCAAGAUCUUGUAGAGGUAUGCGAAAUGAAGCCCAUCGCAAACGGAGACGAGAUCAUGAAGCAUAUGAAGGUAUCGAAAGGGCCAUGGAUGAGUAAAGUCAUGGAUGCGGCGAUCAAGUGGCAGCUCCUGCAUCCAGAGGUCACAGAGAAGGAAAAGAUCUUGGAGGCUCUCUCAAAUCAACGGGAAGAAUUAGGUAUCCCUCCGCCAAACUAG